CUGUGAUGAUGUUGGAGGACUCAAUCGCAGUGGCGGAGCCAAGCCGGGGCGGCGCCCCGGUUAGGACUCCCUGCGCCCCGGUUGAAAAAAAAUCGAGCUUUUUCGAUUCUUCAUUUUCAUGCCGAUCAGCGAACGGCGUGGGUGAUGUUCGAUUUUUUUUUUUUCCUGUGGGCGCGAGCCCCUACUGGAAAAAUUCCUGGCUACGCCACUGCUCCAUCGGGCAGAGGGGCGGAGUCCAGUCCCACAGCCAGGUGCAGCACGUUCAUGCUUCAGUUGGAUGCUUUUCCCACCGGAGACGGCGUUCAGGCUGAUCCAUCAGCUGAAAGACUGACUGCGUCAAUGAUGGAAUUACAGACGUUGCAGGAGGCUUUGAAGGUGGAGAUCCAGAUCCAUCAGAAAUUGGUGGCCCAGAUGAAACAGGACCCUCAGAAUGCUGAUCUGAAGAAGCAACUUCACGAGCUUCAGGCAAAGAUCACUGCUCUGAGUGAGAAGCAGAAAAAGGUGGUGGAGCAGUUGAGAAAAGAGCUACUGGUCAAGCAAGAACCAGAAGCCAAAGUGCAGCUGCAGGUCCACGCGCCUCCUGUAGGGGGCGAUGUCAAGCCCACCAACCUGGUGCAGACUCAGCAGAUAUCUGGAGGACUUCAGCAGACGCUGACGGUUACGCCGGUCCUCACGACCAAGACGCUACCUCUGGUGCUGAAAGCUGCGGGCACACCCUCUUUGCCCGGUUCCAUCCUGCCCCAACGCCCGGCCACCGUCACCAUGGUAACCACUGCCAUCUCCAAAGCCGACUCGCACAAUGCCCCCAUCAACCUGCAGGUGGCGGGGAAACUGAGCGCUCACAAUUUGGAGCCGGUGAGGCUGGUAUCCAAGAACGCCAUGCUGCAGGUCAGACCAAAGCCCGCCUUGCCCGGUAACGUCCCCAUCGCGCCCGCCCCUCCCCCGCCCAUGAUGGCGGCGCCCCAGCUGCUGCAAAGGCCCGUCAUGUUGGCCACCAAGCUGUCGCCUUCACUGUCGUCCGCCGCACCCAUUCACCAGCUGCGCAUCGUCAACGGACAGCCCUGCGUCAAGACGGGCUCCGCCCCUUUGACCGGCAUCGUUAUCGCCGCGCCCACCACGGCCGCCUGCCUGGCCAGCCCCGCCCGGGCGCCCGACCCUGCCUCCGUCCCCACUCAGCCGCCCCAGAUGGGUGGCGUGACCGUCGAACCCAAGACUGUUAAAGCGGGCGGUGCAGCCGAGCACAAGAUGACGGUCACGCUCCCCUCUUCGUCGACUCCGCCCUUGUCUCCGCCUCCCUGGCCCAAGAAGGAGGAGAGUCCGGAGAAACUGGCCUUCAUGGUGUCCUUGGGUCUGGUGACGCACGACCACCUGGAAGAGAUUCAGAGCAAAAGGCAGGAGAGGAAGAGGAGAACGACGGCCAACCCAGUCUACAGCGGCGCCGUGUUUGAGCCAGAGAGGAAAAAGAGCGCUGUGAGUUACCUGAACAGCCCUCUGCACCUGGGGACCCGGAAGAGAGGUAUGUCAUGCAGACUCUUGUUGUUCUUCCCCCUCUCCAUCUUUCUUUUUCUUUUCUUUUUUUUUGUUUUUUUUUUUUUGUUUUGUUUUCCGUCUUUGUCGUCUGUCUCAUUUCACCCAGGUCGCCCACCCAAAUACGGCGGCAUCCCGGAGCUGGGCUGUCUCACCCCGACCUCCCCCUCCAGCCCCGCCCGCCCCCUCCCCCUGCCCAGCCCCAGCUCUGGGGAUGGAGACAUCCAUGAGGACUUCUGCACUGUGUGCAGACGCAGUGGCCAGUUGCUCAUGUGCGACACGUGUUCUCGUGUCUAUCACCUGGACUGCCUGGAACCGCCCCUGAAAAGCAUUCCUAAAGGCAUGUGGAUCUGUCCCAAAUGCCAAGAUCAGAUCCUCAAGAAAGAAGAAGCCAUUCCCUGGCCCGGAACGUUGGCCAUCGUCCACUCCUACAUCGCCUACAAAGAAGCGAAAGAAGAAGAGAAGCAGAAGCUCAUCAAGUGGAGCGCAGAGCUGCGGCUGGAGCGUGAGCAGCUGGAACAACGAGUCAAGCAGCUCAGCAACUCCAUCACGAAGUGUAUGGAGACCAAGAAUGGCAUCCUAGCUCGCCAGAAGGAGAUGCAGCUGUCCCUGGACAAGGUCAAACAUCUGGUCCGCCUCAUCCAGGCCUUCAACUUCAACCAGGCGGCGUCCGACUCCAACGGCAGGGACGCCCGAGUCGAAGACGUCACGGCGGCGCCGCCCGAACCCGAGCCGGCCUCGCCUCAAGUCGAGCCGGCUGCGUCCGAGGCGGAGGCCGGCGACGCGGGUGAGAGCGAAGAAGCCGGAGAGCAGGGGCCGGAGAGGAGUGAGACCGCUGCCGCGGAUGCCGACCGUCAGGGUGGCCUCGCGCAGGCCCCGGAUGAUAGGGGAGGAGCUAAUUCAGAAAACAACGUCCGGGCGGAGGAUGAGACUGUUGCAUCGCCGCGGGUGGAAGAGGCGGCCUCCACGGAAGCGGCGCCGCCCGCCGCCAACGGUACGGCCGCGUUGACGCGUCUUUCCCCCGCCGACGACGCAGAGGACAAGACGGCCGGCGCCGGCCCCCAGGAAACGUGGGACAAACAGGACAUCAGCGACAGCAACGACAAAACCUCAGAACCCUCCCAGCAUUGUUUGCCAGCCGAGUGAGCGUCGCCUUCACCUGGAAUACGAUACAGAAAAAAAAAGUUGCCAAUGUGUGUAAAUGUCGUUUGUUUGCGUCGUAUUGUCAGCCUGUGUCGAUGGUAGAUAGCGGCUUGGUCGCGCGCGCUCGCGCCCACUUAGCCAUAGACGUUGUCACAAGAACGCUCGAAAGAAGACCGAGUCCAUCACACCAGAGUGUGCCUGUCCCGGCGGUUUGUGAGGGGGAUGGGGGUGGGGGGGGGGGUCGCAGAGAGGGUCCAAUAGCAGCCGGCAGACCCUCCGACCGACCCAUUGCCCUUCAAACAAGGAAAUGCAAGAGAACGGCCCACCUGACUCGCCCACGCAUUCACUUCUUUGUUUGAAGUGCCCCCCCCACCCCACCUGCUGUAGCCGCGCCCACAAAGGCAGGUGCAGAACAGGCGGAGCCAGAGCGGCAUUGUUGUUGUGAGUCGUCAUUGGUGUGUCCGUGUGAUGUGCUUUUGUUUUCUGAGGACAACGUGUUCACGUCUUCCUGGUGUUGGGAAUAAGUGCUUCGUGUUUUUUCCGCCCGCUGCCAUCUUCAACUGCCAAACGCAUCAAAUGCGCCGGGGGCGGAGCUAAAGCUUCCGCCUGACAGGCGACAAAAAAGAAAAAAAAAAAGCACAACUUGGGUUCUUCUGGUUCUGUGAUGCCACCUGUCUCCUCCCACUUCGGAGGAAGCACAAGAAGAGCCCGCAGGGGGCGCCGCUUACUUUCCGCUCCGUCAUUCAUGGUGCCUCAUUUGUUGGCGUUUUCUUUUUCUUUUCUCUCGAGGUCACAACUCGUGUCAGCCAAUUUGCGUAUCUCAUGGUCACGACUCCGCCCCCCCCAAUAGGUACCUCGAGUGCCUUCAAUUUGUCUCGACUUGCACUGUGACGCGUGGACCCACCCCCUUCACCUCAUUGGCCGCUCAGUGUUCUACUGCCUUAAAUGUUUUUUUUUUGUUUUUUUUAACCUGAUCAACCGCUCAUUGAGGGGUCAAAGGUUGCCAAGUCUGCCAGGUUGUCAUGAUGACCAAGCCCAGGCGGUGAUGCACUUUUUCACUUGAGCAGUAUUAUAAGAAAAUAUGUGACCCCCUUCCUCUCCUGUCAAAGCAUGCCUUCUUAUGCAAUUUUUUUAGGAAGAAAGUUCAUGAUGCAUUCCUGUUUGUUCAUUCAUUUUGCAUAUGGAUUUUUGUGUUUUUGGAAUGGGCGGAGCUCUCAUUUGAGUGGGUGGAGCACAAAAAAAGGGUCCAUUCAUCCAAAGAACACAGAUGGCACGUGGCUCAUGUUCAUAGAAUUGCGCCGUUGCCCCAAGUCAAAGAGUCUGUUUGCCAGCGUCCAGUCAUGACCGUGGCCUUCGAGUGUUGUCCUCACAUGACCCCGUGACCCUGUGAUUCCCACACCUGACUUUUUUUUUUUCUUUUUUUUUUUUUUUAUAUCUUCCAUAUGCUCAGAAGCAUUGUAGCGCUCUGAAUAAAGAACAAGUGUACAUUGGGAAUCUUUGUAUAAUUGUUUGUAUUUUUUCAUAAUUUUGGAAAUGAAUGUGUUUAUUUUUUUGGACUUGUUCCACACGUGUCUUCUGUUGGCCAUGUCGGUGGGAUUCUUACCUCUGUAUUGAGCCUCCUCUUCUUGUGAUGAUGAUUUUAAUGAUGAUGAUGCAGUGUUUCACUAAAUACUGUUGCUAGGUUACAUGAUGGCAUCAGCCACCACUAGGAGCAUUUGAUCAAUUUCUAUUUAUUUAUUUUAUCAGUUUGCUAAUAAAUCCUCAAAACCA